GUAGUCUGAUCAUACAAAGUUCCAUAUAAACCUCAAUAGAAACAGUAUUUCGGGUCAAAACAACAGUGGAACUGUUUAAUGAGGGAAUUGUACGUACUCUAUUCCCCAUGCCGACUUCAACCGACUUCACGGACAGAUUGCAUAUAGCUUUUGCUUUGGGCGCAGUCUCCUCCUGGGGAUCGGGUACACGUCCUUGGCUGUCAAGUGGUUCAGCCGCCGAAAAUCGACACAAAACCGCACCUUCCCGUCACGUUUCUUGACCAGUACUAUGGGGAAACCCCAUGGUCCAUCGCCAGGUUCGAUAACCCCCAUCUUUAACAUGGUUCGAAUCUCCUCUUUGACCAAUGCGUCCUGGCUAGGGGACCAUCGAUUCCGGGAUUCCUUGAUGGGACGCGCAUCCCCCGUGUCGAUGGAGUGGCUAACGUCUAGCGUCGUCGCCGGUAGCAUGUCUGGAUGGCUCGGCACCACCUUGGGGAACGAGCGUAGCACCCGUAGGAGUAGCUGUUGAUGGUCCCCGCUUAAAUGGCCCAACGCCAGAUUCUCCUCGCCUGGCAACUCGGCACACGGCGUCUCCGCGAUUUGGGCCAGCCAUGCGAUUAGGUCUUCCCUCGUCGUCGUGUCCUCAGGUUGGUCCAGCACUUGUAACUCGUCGCUCAGUGGGGUCCAACUGCCCACUUCCUCUUGAGCUAAGAGGUGCCCCUUAUCUUCAGUACCGUUCAGCACAGGGACGAGAAUAUUGCCAUUCGUUACGGUGGCUACCGUGGCUGCCAGGAGACACCGGUUCGUUCGAUUCGUCCGGUCGGGGACGAACUGUACCUCCGUGCCAUCGGGUGCAUCAAUGGCGACUUGCAUCCGGCUUCCGCUCAUGGCACUAAUGCCGUGGGUCUGCACCACGGUCGCCCGCCUCGCGUGCACUUGCGUCGUAGCUGCAGCUUGGAGUCCAAACGGCACUUCUAGUCCCCAUUUCGGGAAGUUCAGCGUUCGGGUGUCAUACGCUACUUGACAUCCGUGAUGGUCAAAGAAAGGGUUUCCGAGCAGCAGAUCUUCUGAAAGCCCAUCCACCACCAAUGGUUCGACGAUUACUUGGCGUCCCUCAAUAGUCCAUUCGAGGCGCACUCGCCCCUUAACGUGCAGGAGUCCCCCCGAGGCGCCCUCGAGCCAGCGAUUCGACGUGUCCUCGAUCCAUGUGCCUAAGUGCGCCAGUCGUCCAGCCAAGAUAGACUCUUCCGCCCCCGUGUCCAACCGUACGGCGCAUGGGUGCCCUUCAAUUUCCACCCCCCAAGUGGGUAGUCGCUGGCCCCCUACGAGUCGGAUACUCAGUUGGUUCUUGCGUUGUCGCUCCUCGGUCUCCGCCUGCAUUCGUCGUCGUCGCUCUUCUUUCUCCCUUCGGUGCCAUUCUCUCUUUCUUCGCUUGUUAGCGGUCUUCCUCCCUUCUGGUGGUUUCCCUUUCUGUCCACUGCAAUACUCCGCAUCCACACAUGUCUCCCGCCGCCAGUCUUGCUCACUCAUGUCGUCCUCUUCGUCCUCCUCACAUUCUUUCAGCUCCCCCGUCUUCAGAGCGCCCCUCGCUACAGGCCGCCCCUCUAUUCUUUUCCCGCCGCCCAUCCGGUUGCUGCCUUUGCGACCUUCUUCUUCUUCAACUCCUCCAGGCCUUUCUCAAUCGCGCCGGGGACUUCGGGCAGCGUGCAUUCGGUCGCGACGUGGCCCAGGGUACCACAGUUCCAACACGUUUGACGGUCCGUGCGGUACCGUUUUGCCGGUUUCUCGCUGUCCGGGCCUUCUUUCGUCCAGCGCCGCUUGGUUGGAGACGCUAUCAUCCGGCACAUGACUGUCAUAGUCUCUGUCAAUUUCUUGUCCAUGGUCUCGAUCAUCUUCAAAUCUUUGGCUGACAACGCUUCGUCUUCCUGGACGGCAUUGUCACCUUUGACGUUGAUUGGAAAAGCUCGAGUGGUCUUCGCGGUUGUGCCUCCCCCACUGGCACCGUACAGCAGCUCCAGCAAUUGCACCCCCUCCAGCAUUGUCUUGACCUUACCCAUGUGUAGGUCUUUGGCUGCCGCUGGUUCCACUCCUUUCGUAAAGCAGGCGACCAACCAUGCCUCGGGAACAGUAAUACCCUCUGCCAUCGCGUAUAGGACUUCCGCAUAUUCCUGCCACGUUUCAUUCGCUCGUUUGGCCCUUGAAAUCAUGUCGGCCUUGAUCGUGUCGCUUGUCCGCAUCGGGUGCAAUCCAAAAGCGCCCACCAUCCGCUCCUUCAGCAUGGUGUACGUGCGGUCGUCCUCUUUCACUCCUUUGAGUGCGUGCGAGUACCACUUAGCCGCUCUGCCUUUAAGGCGGUCGGCGAUCAGCACGUGCUGGAGGUGUUCCGGCCAGGCUAUUCCUUUCAUGCGGCCAUCGGCCGCGAUGUACCGUUCCAUGCUUUCGAGCCACUCCUCAACACACCCUCGCGUGUCCGGGUCGAAGUCACCCCCACCCACGUCUCGGUAUUUGAGGAAUCGAAGUUUUGGGUCGUAACCGCCGUCUCCAUGACCGCCUGGUGCUCCACUCUGUGAGGCUUGUUCUUGGCUGGGAUCGAUGCUCGCCAUGUUGCUACUUCCUCCUGCGUGGGUUUUUGCUUUGUGACCCUUGGCUUCUUGACUCUUCACCUUCCGUUUCCUAUUCCAAAUUUAGUUAUUAUUCCAUAUCCCACUGGGUUCGCCGCCUCGCCGCUGUUACUCCCCUCGAGUUCCCAACAGUUAGGGAGGCCCCAGUAUGACCACCAAGUUAGGAUGUGCUGCCCCGGCUGGGGCAUGGAGGAUUUUUAGGAUAGGUGUGGAGUGUAGUGGG